CUCUCUUCGUGUCUGUUGGAUUUGUCCGCCCUCUCGCCGGCUCUCUCUCUCUCCAAAUUGCCAGGUGUACUUCCGUGAAGCUUUGGGAGAGUCGAGAGAGGAGGAAAGAUUUGUUUUUGAGGAAGAAAAACGAUCGGAGAUUCGAGAUCGAAACAAAUCCAAGCGAAAGGAAAGGCGGGCAGAGAAGAGAAGCGAAGAAGAGAGGAGAGCGUUUCAGGCGUUUGAUGGCAAUGAUGGUGGCUCACGGGAGGGUUUUAGUAUGCUGGGAAAAGGCCACGCCCACCUGUGCGCUUUGAUUUCUUAGCUCCGCUCCGGUCCUUAAAGAGCCUCCUUUUGUAAAGGAAGAGAAAAAUAUGCUCAAAAAGAAGUCUUUUUUGGGAGAGAGACAGAGAGGGAAGAAGCAAGAGGAAGAGGAAUAGAAAAAGAAAAAGGGAAGAAAGCUCAAACUCUCUGUGUGUGUGGGAGAGAGAGAGAGAGAGAGAGAGAGAGAGUGAGAAGAGGGGAGGGGAGAGCUCUUCUUUUUAUGCCCUUUUUCUUGAAGGAUAGACAAAAAGCCGAAAUAAAAGCAAAAGAUGGCAGAAGAUUGCUGUUCUUUCAAUAAGGAGUCAUUCAUAAUAAAGCCUCCAAAGAAAUCGCCGCUUGCAUUGAGGAUGGUUGUCUUGGCUGCCGUUAUGAUCUGUGGCGUUUAUAUUUGCUCUAUGUGUUUAAAGCAAAUAGGAAAUCAUGGUGUGCCCAGAAUAAUAAAGAUUGAACUAGCAGAACAGCCUUGCCAUGAUCCUGGUAUUCCACCAUCUGAGAUUCCUUAUGCGCACUAUCCGGAACCUACCACUUAUAGCCGGGAAGAAUGUGCAUGCACACCAGUUCGGUACUUUGCUAUAUUGUCAAUGCAGAGGUCUGGAAGUGGGUGGUUUGAGACUUUGCUAAACAGCCACAUUAACAUUAGCUCUAAUGGGGAGAUAUUCUCCGUCAAAGAAAGGAGAAGUAGUAUAUUAGCUAUCAUAAAGACAUUGGACAAAGUUUACAAUCUAGAUUGGCACAGUAGUGCUUCAAAAAAUGAAUGCACAGCUGCUGUCGGCUUUAAGUGGAUGCUUAAUCAGGGUCUUAUGGCAAAUCAUGAAAAAAUAGUUGAUUACUUCAAGAUAAGAGGGGUCUCUGCAAUAUUCCUUUUUAGAAGAAACCAACUCCGCCAGAUGGUUUCAAUACUAGCAAACAAUCAUGAUCGAAAUACUAAGCAGUUAAAUGGAACGCAUAAAGCUCACGUGCAUUCAAAAGAUGAGGCUGAAGUUCUUGCACGAUACAAGCCUACAAUUAAUGCGACAUCAUUGAUUUCACAUCUACGAAACACCGGGGAGUUGGCUGCCAAUGCUCUUGAAUACUUUAACGGCACCCGCCACAUUGUUCUCUACUAUGAGGAUCUCAUUCAGAACCGCACUAAAAUGGUGGAUGUUCUGGACUUCCUUAAAGUGCCUCAGAGAAAGCUGGCCAGUCGUCAUGUUAAAAUACACACUAGGCCAUUGUCCGAGCAGGUUCAGAACUGGGAUGAUGUCUACUGUGCCCUUAAAGGAAGUCGGUAUGAGAACUUCUUGCAUGCUGACUACAAAAUGUAGAGUGUGACCAUGAGUUCAGUUGGUGUAUAUAAUUUCCCUUCUUUUCUCCCCUUGCCAAUAGCUGGCUUUUUAUGCAAUCAUAAGCCAGAAAAAUUUUGGUUGUCGAAAUAGCAUUUGAUGCUUAAAAAAUAUUCCCAAAGCUUUCCAACUUUCUUGUUUCCCUAAGAAUAUGAUUCAUGGUAUACAAGUUGGCUCCAAGAUGCGUCGUUUCCGUA